UUACAAGUUAUGCUCAACCGGGAAUGUGUUAUUUUGUACAACAUUUAGAUCUUUGUGAUGGUGAAUUGUUUAGAAAGGCGUAUUUGUAGCUGAACGAUUUGGACUGUACAGAGUAGUUGGUUUGAAAUCUUAUCGUUAUCUUACUUGAAGUGGCAGUGCGUGAUAAGCAGUUUCCUAGCCCGUGUGUCGGUCGUACCUUGAUCUGUGGUGUGUUAUGACAGUGACGUUACAACCUCUGUACUGAGCCCCGACUUUAUGACUCCAUGAAAUAGUCAGCCAUGAUAAAGAACGUAGUGGUUUUCGGUGCCUCGAGUAGAACUGGCGUGUGUGUUGUGAACGCUGCGAUCAGUAAAGGACUGAAUGUCCGAGUGUCUGUGGACAGACAGACAGAACAGCUGAGGGACAGAUUUCGGUCUGUGGAGCUGGUGGAGGGAAGUCCUCUAGACAUCCAACAUGUCAAAGCAACUUUGGAGGGACAGAACGCCAUCAUCGUAGUGUUGGGGACCAAAACAAAACAAGACACUUCAAACGUCACAUCUGAGGGAAUAAAAAACAUUGUUACUGUGAUGGAGUUACUUCGCAUUAAAGUUAUUUCAGUCUGCUUUCAAUCUAACACUUUUCAUGAAGAUAUCCACACGACUAGGGACGUGUUAGAGCAGGAUGAAAGACGCUCCUGGAGAGUGUUGGAAGGCAGCAGUCUUCAUUGGGUGGCCGUGGUCACGCCAUACGUCACCGACGUCGCUACUACAGGGUAUACCAUCGUCCGAGGACCGGGCUACCCUGGCGUCUCGCGCGGGGACUUGGCUAAGUUUCUGGUCGACUGCCUCACUAUGCCCGAGCGUUACCAGAAAACUGUCAAGAUCGCAAGCCUUGACAAAAGAUAGUAUUUAGUUCCUUGUAAUAACAUUUUAUAUGCAUUUUUAUAUUGUGUAUUUUAUUGUUGUAAACUCUAAUACCUCUGUUUUCCCAAUAAAACAUUUUUUUUGUAUCUUA